CAACUUCAUGCCCUUCUGGCUGGUUCUGGUCAUGGACAAGCCGUUAAUGUUCUACUACUUCUGCCCGUUGAUAUCCUUCUGGUUCUUCUUUGUCUACUUCUCCAUGUUCAUCAUGAGCAACAGAAACGCCAGCCACCCCUUCAUGACCAAGAAGUUUGUCUGCAUCUUCGCCUUCGUCCUCCUCUUCUGGGUGCGGUUUCUGCCCGGAGACAAGAGUCUGUUUGACCUCAUGUUCGACUACCCUUCACCGCUGUACUAUCUGAUCCAGGAGAACGGUUCGGUGGCUGAGUGGGCGUUCAGGUCAUCGCUGGACAAGUAUGCCGUGCCCUGUGGCAUGCUGACGGCCUAUGUCUACAUUAGACUAUCGAGCUCCGGCGAUAUCAGGGACGGGUCCCGCAAUGACAACCUGUUCAAAAGCGGGACGGUCAAUGCGGUUGCGGCAGUGGGCUCCGUGGUGUUGCUGGGGGCGUACACUAUGUUUGCGACCACGUGCGUGGACAAGAAAGAGUGCAACAGCUGGCACACGGUUGCCUCGCCACUGAUGAUUGGCUCGUUUGUGCUACUGCGGAAUGUAUACGGCCCCUUCCGAGGGGUAGUGAGUCGGUUCUUCUGCUUCAUGGGCAAGAUUUCGUUGGAGCUGUUUCUGCUGCAGUGCCAUGUGUGGCUGGGAAGUGACACCAAAGGACUGCUGGUGAUCAUUCCGGGUGCGCCUGUCCUGAAUGUUGUGGUGACGUCCCUGGUCUUCCUGUAUGUGAGUAUACUGAUGCACGAUAUAACGGGUGCGAUUGCCGGUGUGCUGCUGCCGAGCAAUUUGGAGGGCAGAGCCCUGUAUAUGCGGGUUGGGGGGUUUGUAGCCUUGUGUGUGGGUCUGUACUUGCUCUAGUAGAUAUAUAUCCACGCACGUAGGUUGGAUGUGUGUAUGUACACAUGUGUGCUGAGGUGUAUGGCUGUGUAUGCCAGGUUAGAUAUGGGUGUAGAUGUGCAGUAAUAUAGCGGUUGCGGGAGGACACUCUUAGGAGCCGUUCCACAUAUCCCACGGGCGAGCUCUGUGGGGCUCUGUGUCUGGGCCAAUAUGCGAUCCAAAACACGCCAACACCACGCAUAUGUAUGCACUUGUACGCUUAUGUAUGUACUUGUACGCAACGUCGAUGGCAGAGCACACAACACCACACAUAAUAUACUUAUACGCAUAUGUCGACGUAUAUCGAUAUAUUUCGAUUGCGGGAGUGCUACUGACACAUAGGCUCUAGGCAGGGUCAGAUACGUAUGGCUGAUGCCUCAUCUGUGCAUCUCUGUGUGCUCGAAUGAGCGGGCUACGCUGGGCCACGAGGGACCAAGAGAUACGUAACAGUUCGAUACUACAGCAAUCCGUGGGGCAAUCGUGUGCACGCACUAUGUAUAUACACACUAUGCUCGUGCGUCGCUGGACCCUAUUGGUGCAACUGUGCCGCAACGCCGCAUAUGCAUACACAGACAACCCUUGACACACGCGUGAGUGUACAUGUACCGAUACACACAUGUGCUUCGAAGUACAUAAGCUUCUGCAUAGGUAUAUGGGGAUGUGGAUGGUGGCUGCGAGAUCCUAGUCUACCCUGUUGGUCCUAUGAGGGGUGGACCAGACUUUACUUUGGGGCAGGCUUGGAGGAGUACCGAACAGCUGCACUAACCCGUCAGUGUGCGGUGCAGACUAUUCACCUACGGGUGUAGUCUAAUGAGAGCAUGGCCGCUAAACAAGCGCAGCCACACAUGGGGACGGUGUCAGGGAUGUGCUGAGACCUACACAAACUAUGUACGUGAUGAGGAGGACGCGCAAACUAUGGUAGUGCCGGGGGGGGGGUGUUGUGGGCAAAAUUAUCUGGUAUUCGCCUGGAGUGUGUUUCCUGAUACUAUCCUCGAGUGCACCUCCGUACACCUCUGCAAACACCACGCUAUGAGCCUGUCACAACUGCAGCAGGUUGCGAUGCGGUCCUGUCGGAGUGCGUGCACCUAUCCCCAGCAUUCGGGUGCAUAGAGCCGUGGCUGACUAUGCUGAGGCAUGGCUCGUGGCAGAUUGGAUAGGGGCAUAUGAAGCAAGAGUUCUAAACUUCUAUGGUAGUGAUAGUACACAUUAGAAAUGGUGUGGCUAUGGCGUUGUGAAGCGGAGGUCUUAACACGAGAGAGCGAGAGAGAGAGAGAGAGAAAGUACCGAACAUCUCCAUGGUUACGCGAGCUUCAGUGCGCGUGGGUGCAUAUCUCGCGGCUACAAAAACGUGCAGCGCGCAGGAGUGCUGAUUGUUAAUCCGAACGAAGCUACUGACGUGUACGAACGAGUACCAAACUGUGCUGGUAAAGCGGGCCAAAUAUUAGUUAUUAGGUAGUAUGUAGUGCUAUGUAGCGAGUUAAAAUAAUAAGGGAUGUCGGUUGAGGGUGGCUAACGUGCAAGAGAUUAAAGUAAGACAUACGGCGUCAAGCAAUAAUCCAGUGUAUACUUGUACGGUGCGGCGCAGAAGCUUCCCACAAUGUCUGUGCUUAUUGAAAUCUAC